AAACAGCUAUAGAUCAAAAGAUGUGGAGUCACAGACUGAAUCAUCACCACAUAAUCUGGGGGAGUCUUAUUCUGCAGUUGCUGGUUGUCUAUGUAAAUGUGCUUCCAGCCUCCAAGAUCAGCUUACGGACAUUCAUCGGCUGUGCUGUAAGAGAGUUCACAUUCCUGGCCAAAAAACCUGGCUGUAAAGGAUUGCGAAUCAGCACAGAUGCUUGCUGGGGACGAUGUGAAACCUGGGAGAAACCAGUCCUAGAUCCUCCAUACAUUGAAGCACACCAUCAGGUCUGCACCUAUAACGAAACCAGGUACAUCACAGUGAAACUACCCAAGUGUCGAGCUGGGAUUGAUCCAUACUAUACGUAUCCUGUAGCAAUGCGGUGCGACUGUGGUGUCUGCUCAACUGCCACGACUGAGUGUGAGACUCUGUAA